CUGAACAGCUGCUUCCUGGUUCUCCACGUGCUGCCAGCAGCGCUGGAGCUGCCCGAGCCGCAGCGGAGCCGCUGUUCUCAGCUGCAGCCAGGAUCUGCCCCCGGCCCCGCUGGGAUCCAGACAGGCUGCAGAAUGUUUUGCUCCAGCUCAUCCCAGCCUGGCGUGGGACAGGGAAGAGAAAUGGCUGCAGUGGAGUCAGUCCAGGGGCUGGUGACCUUCAAGGAGAUGGCUAUGUAUUUCACCAGGGAAGAGUGGGCUCUGCUGGACCCCACUCAGAGAGCCCUCUACUGGGAUGUCAUGCAGGAGAACUAUGAGACUGUGACCUCGCUGGGCCAGAGAAUAACAUCCAUGUUUCGCUGCAGAUCAUCUCGUCCUCCCAGGGGCAAGGAAAUGGCUGCAAUGGAGCUGGCUCAGGGGCCGGUGACCUUCGAGGAGGUGGCUGUGUAUUUCUCCAGGGAAGAGGGGACUCUGCUGGACCCCACUCAGAGAGCCCUCUACAGAGAUGUCAUGCAGGGGAACUAUGAGACGAUGGUCUUGCUGGGUAAGGAUUCCUGUCCCUUCUGUUCUUGGAAGGGGAAAUGAAGAGUGAAGGUUCAUGCCACCCCCACAAUGCCAUCUGUACCCUGUCCUGUUUCAGCAU